AUGUCUCCAGUUAGACAUAUACCAGGCCCCUGGUACGCGCGGGUCUCCAAGUUGCCACUAAAAUAUGCCACGUACAAGCGUAGACGGUCGGACUACGUUACGAAGCUUCUUGAUCAGUAUGGACCCAUUGUCGUCAUCGCAACGGAUCAAGUUCACACUGUGGACGAAAAUGCAAUGAAAACGAUAUAUGACAAAUCUGCACUCAAGACCUCAUUCUACUCCUCAAUGGGAAGCUGGAAAGGCGUCGUGUCCACUCUCGGUUUCGUGGACUACCCGUCUGCAGCCCCAUCACGCAACAAUUUGAUCCAAUGCUUCCAGAACAAAAACCUCGCGGCUUUGGUGGAGAACAUCCAGUCGCACGUCGAGGAUUUCAUCCAGCUGCUCCAUCGUAAGGAUGAGGCCGAAGAAGCCGUUGACGGAGUCGUCGUCUUCCGCUUACUUGCGCUGGACAUUGUGACCGAUGUACUCUGGGCCGAAGAACACAGACUGCUGCACAACUACAAGGAGAACGACGCACCGGCUUUUCUUCGACGGUUUCACGCGUUUAGCACUUGGAACGCGAUGAAGAGCUUCAUCCCUGGAGCAGAUUUCUACGUCAGAUGGUUCGGCAAUGAGAAGUGGAAGACAUUAAGGAAAGAUUGCCAUGAUAUGGAUGUCACGGCAAAAGAAGCUUUGAACCGCUGGGAGAAUAGUGAGAACGCUGCUGGCCGACAAAAGGAUGUUCUCUCGAUGCUGCAGUCUAUGAACAAAGUAAACGCAUCUGCCGUUCCUCCGGAAGACAUUCCCGCAUACAUGGUCGAGAUGCUCGCAGCGGGUUCUUCGACUACUUCGCAUACCGCUGCGUUUGCUUGCUGGCUUCUGACUCGCCAUCCCGAGGCCCAGGAGCGACUUCGUGCGGAACUCAUUGAAGCCUUGCCCGACUUGGAAAGCUUCGACAUCAAGCGCACCAUGAAUCUCGAAUUUCUCGACGGUGUUAUUCGGGAGACCAUGCGGAUGUACCCUAUGAUCCCAGGGCCACUCGAAAGACAUUUGGGGAAGGAUCUUGUAAUCGCUGGAAAGCAAGUCCCGAGAGGCGUGAUCGCAUCGACUGCAGCGCUCAACCAGGGACAGCUAGAAGAGGUUUAUCCAGAGCCGCAGCUUUGGAAACCUGAGCGCUGGAUCGGCGCUGAUGAACGUAUGAAACUGAACUGGAUUCCGUUCGGCCAUGGUUCUCGUGCCUGUCCGGGCUCGAAUCUGGCUUUGACAGAACUCAAGUACAUGCUAGGUUUGAUCUUUCGAAAGUUCAAAGCAACAAUGCCCCCCGGCAUGGAAGAAGACAACCUGGCUCUGGCGGACGUCUUCGCAGCUGGAUCGAAGACGGGCUCUUGUUGGUUGAAGUUCAGACGAUUGGAGGCGUAA